ACAAUGCAGGCUCAUGUGCUUUCGGCGUUGACUGUUUUAUUGACAACAUUUUGGGCGGCUGUGAAGUCCGAAGAUAUAAUUUAUCAGGUUAUCAAUGGAUCUCCACAUCCACCUCCCGUGCAUUUCCUAGGACCUAUUCGUCCUUAUCCGGGGCCCUUACCACCGAUUCCGAUCCAUGAUGUCCGUCCUCCAAUUCCAGUACAAUUACCCAUAAAACCAUUUCCCGUUAGACCAUUUCCGAUUGGCCAUCUUCCAAUCAAGCCAUUACCGCCGGUAAAACCCCUUCCAAUCAAACCCCUUCCAAAGAAACAACGACCACGUCACCGUGACGUUCGUCGACGACGCAAAGGCAAAAGGGGCGGAUCUAGAUCUUCAUCAAGUGGGAGUGGAUCAAAUUCAUCUUCCGGAGAGAAGAGGCGUAGACGAAGAAGAAACAAAAGAAAUCACAAUAAGCGCAAUAGGAAAUACGGAAAGGGGAAAUAUUAAACAACAUUACAACGAGAAAAACGAGAGAAAUUGAUUUGACUGUGAGGUGAUAAAAACAAUGGUUAAUUUAAAUCAUUUCAAUUUGAAUUGUUAUUUAAAUCUAUGACUGAAUAUGUUUUAUGGAAUCUUCUUUUAUUGACCAAAAAAUGAUAAAAAAAUCAUUUAUAACUUAUCUGAAACGGAACAUGGCUACAUGUACGUUUUACCGACAAGGUGUAGGCGUAUUUUUCCCUGUUGUUGUAAAGUUUUUCUUUUUACGCUUUUUGUAUAUUUCGUUUUUAUAAAAAAAAUGUUAAAAGAAAAAUAAUAAGGAAAUGUCUGUGAAUUAUUUUAAAUCUUGUUUUGUUUCAGUUCUAUUUAACUGUUUGUAAAUUUUUGCUGAUUAAAUAUUUUUGAAUAUCUAUUAUAAUAUCCUGUCAAUUUUGUUGAAAAAAAAAUGAACGAUAAAAAGACAGAAACCCCGGUCUUGAGCAAUUAUGUAUAUUUCAAUUUACAAAAUUUAAGGUAAUUUGUAAUAAUUACAUUGUACAUUCAAAUUGUCAGUAAUGCCAUCUGACAAGCACAAGAUGUUACAAAUUAAAUUAAAAAAAAAAUGUAACAUUUACUCUCAAUUCUGUCGUUGGCUUGAAUAUGUUUAGAGUUUGUUUUUUAUCUAAUCCAUGACAUCAUCUUUCUAUGAUAUUCAUGCACACGGGUUUUUGAUAAAAUGAUGAGCCUCUGUUUAUAUUACAUAUAAUUAAAAUGUUUUCAACAUUACAAGUUUUCUGAUGUUCAUGCAAUAUGAA